GAAACUUACCGCUUUCCUACAGAGAAGAGACAUGCAUGAACGGAACCUUUAACUCUGCGUCACAAAUCACCAACGGCUGGCCAACAACGUGAAGCUUAUAAACCACCAGUGGGAAGCUCUCCUCUCCUCUUCCUUCCUUCCACAUCCUACCUAGAAGUUUAGGGCAUUAUUUGUCUCCUCUUUCUUUCAUAAUCUGUUGAUUAUUUCAACCCCAAUCAGCAUCAUAUUCCACGUUCUCGUACCUGGGACAGCCCGAGUAUUGUCAUAAUGGCAUCCGCUAGAGACAUAAAAUCCAGCAAGGAUGUGUCGAGUCUCAACACCUCGCAAAACCUUGGUUUUUCCACCUCACCAAAUGCUUCCUUCCAAUCCGCUCCAUCUAGCCAAGGAGGCUCGGUUUUUGCAACACCUAUAGUGCCUUUGGCCAAUGCAAAGCAUUUGAAGCCAUUUGCUACAGAGGAUAUUAAAGUGUUGCUUCUGGAAAACGUCAAUCAGACUGGUCGGGAAAUACUCAGCAAACAAGGUUAUCAAGUGGAAUUCCUCAAAUCAUCACUCCCUGAGGACCAACUCAUUGAGAAAAUUCGCGAUGUGCAUGUUAUUGGCAUCCGUUCCAAAACAAAACUGACAGCCCGUGUCUUGAAAGAAGCCCGGAAUCUCAUAGUCAUCGGUUGUUUUUGCAUUGGAACAAAUCAGGUUGACCUGCAGUAUGCUGCAGAGCACGGUAUUGCUGUGUUCAAUUCCCCUUUCAGCAACUCACGUAGCGUUGCAGAACUUGUCAUAGGUGAAAUUAUUGCUCUCGCCCGGCAGUUUGGUGAUCGUUCCAAUGAAAUGCACAGCGGAACUUGGAAUAAGGUGAGUAAUAAGUGUUGGGAGAUCCGUGGAAAGACAUUAGGAAUUAUCGGAUACGGCCACAUUGGCUCCCAGUUGUCAGUCCUGGCCGAGGCAAUGGGCAUGUCUGUUAUCUUCUAUGAUGUGGUGAACCUGAUGGCGUUGGGUACUGCUCGCCAAGUUCCUACCCUGAAGGACCUGCUAGCUGAGUCCGACUUCAUCACCUGUCAUGUGCCUGAGCUUCCCGAAACCAAAAAUAUGAUAGGACAGGCCCAAUUUGAUCAGAUGAAGGAUGGCAGUUAUUUAAUCAAUGCUAGUCGUGGAAGCGUCGUCGAUAUCCCAGCCUUGAUACAUGCUAUGAGAUCCGGCAAAGUUGCUGGUGCUGCUCUUGAUGUUUAUCCAAAUGAACCUGCUGGUAAUGGCGACUAUUUUAAUAAUACCCUUAACACCUGGGGGACGGACCUUCGUGCUCUGAAAAACCUGAUCAUCACUCCACAUAUCGGUGGCAGUACCGAAGAGGCGCAGCGCGCGAUCGGUGUUGAAGUCGCGGAUGCGUUGGUGAGAUAUGUCAACGAAGGCUCAACUUUGGGCGCUGUCAACCUUCCAGAGGUUACACUCCGUUCCCUAACCAUGGAUGAGCCAGAUCAUGCACGGGUGAUUUACAUCCAUCACAAUGUUCCGGGUGUUCUGCGUAAAGUUAACGAAAUCCUCGGUGACCAUAACGUGGAUAAGCAGAUGACCGAUAGUAGAGGUGAUGUGGCCUAUCUCAUGGCUGACAUCAGUAAUGUCGAUAAUCUUACAAUCAAGGACUUAUACGAAAGACUUGAGAGCCUUUCAUGUACAAACACGCUACCCCCAAUUGAACUUGUACUAUACUAACUGAAAUUCUAGCGCGAAUCAUGACACGAGUUUUGUAUUAGAGGAGCCUCUCUGAUGAAAUGGCCUUGCCUACCUAAUCAUUCCACAUAGAUUAGAGCACAUUGUUAUGUCUUAUUUUUCACCGAACGAGAAACCAGACAGGCGAGG